CGAGCAGCUGCCCCCGCCUUUGGGCAGUGCCAGGGGAUGUUCCAGAGCAGUUCCCGGUGCUCCGACCGCGGGGAGGUUUGAGCCCUUCUCUCUUGCAGCUAUUCAGCCCUGAGGGGUGGGGGAUUGUUGCUCCCGCUUCCUUGCACAGCUCCUGCUUCCAGGAACCAGCUCCGGGAGCUAAAAGGAAACAGCGAGGUCUGAAAUGGCUCAGAGAUGGAUUCACCAGAACGAGCCACAAUUAGAAGUGAGCAGAAAUCCAGAAAGUUCCUGAAGAGCCUGGUGCGGAAGCAGCCGCGGGAGCUGCUGGUGGUGCUCGGGACGGGCGUGAGCGCCGCGGUGGCCCCGGGAAUCCCGGCCCUGUGCUCCUGGAGGAGCUGCAUCGAGGCCGUGCUGGGAGCAGCCGAGCAGCUGGAGGUGCUGCACCCCGGGGACGUGGCGGAAUUCCGCAAGAAGGUCACCAAAGAGAGGGACCUGCUCGUGGUUGCCCACGAUCUCAUCAGGAAGAUGUCACCGCGUACCGGGGACACGAAGCCCAACUUCUUCCAGGAUUGCUUGAUGGAGGUGUUUGAUAACUUGGAGCAGCACAUCCAGAACCCUGUGGUCCUGCAAUCCAUCCUGAGGCUCAUGGAGAGAGGCACAAUGGUUCUGACCACAAACUAUGAUAAUUUGCUCGAGAUAUUUGGUCAGCAACAGGGAAAACCUAUGGAAUCUUUAGACCUUAAAGAUAGGGAUAAGGUUCUUCAGUGGGCGAGAGGCCACGUAAAAUAUGGAGUUCUUCACAUUCACGGCUUAUACACAGAUCCCUGUGGAAUGGUGCUCGAUCCCUCGGGAUAUAAGGAUGUUACUCAGGAUCCCGAAGUCAUGGAAGUUCUUCAGAACUUGUACCGGACCAAGUCCUUCCUGUUUUUGGGCUGUGGGGAGACUCUGCGUGACCAGAUAUUCCAAGCCCUUUUUCUUUACACAGUAAAGAACAAAGUGGAUUUAGAGCAUUACAUGUUGGUGCUUAAAGAAAACGAAGACCACUUUUUUAAGCUGCAGGCAGACAUGCUGCUGCACGGGAUAAAGGUGGUGUCCUACGGGGACUGCUUCCAGCAAUUCCCAGAGUAUGUCCAGGAUCUCACUGCUCAGAUCUGCAAGCAGAGGAGCCCAGAUGCUGAUCGGGUGGACAGCACAACCCUGCUGGGAACUUCAUGUGUGGACUGUGCUAAAAGAAAGCUGGGAGAAAGUGGCACUGACUCUCCUAAGAGGAUCAAGCAGUCAGAUACACCCACCAGUGAAUGAAAAAACCCCAAACACCAAAGCCCACCCCAGAAGCUUUUUAACAGUAGGUGUUUUACGUCUGCUGCAUGGAAAGUUUUGAGCUGGUAUUUCCAUGGUUUUAAGUGGAAUAAAACUGUACAUAUUAGCCUUUCCUUUCUAAAGCUGUAAAUGUGAUGUGUGUGAAGCUGGAGCCACCAGUCACUCCUCUGGCACAGCCAGACCCUCAGGCUGUACCUGCAGGGUCAGACAAGUGGGUGCAACUUCUCUCAAGCCCUUUGGACCAGACUCUGCUCAGGUGAAGCCACAAGAGAGGUAACUUUGGAAUCUCUCAAAAAUGCCUUUUGGCACAGAAGCCUGUGAAACCAAGGGGUUUCAGUUCCUUUCCCAUCAGCUGGACUGUGGGUGUGCUGUGGAGGCUGGACUCCAGGGUCUGUCAGCACAGGGCUGCUUCCAGGCUUCAGAUCCCUAAACCCUGAGGAACAGGAAGUGGUGUUCCACAGUUAUGGAGCCCACAGCACAGUGACCCACCUGCUUUUCACUUUCAGCACGAGGGUUUGUUUUCCUGAGUCUGGUGAGGCAGGAAGGGCUGUGCCAGGGCUGUAUCCACAGGGCUCCCUGACCUCUCUGCUGGGGGUUUCUGUGGACAUGUUUUCAUGCUGUUACACCACAGGCUGUGCUGCCCCUUGCCUUGGACAGCAGGUGACAGAGUCCUGCUGCAGUGGAAUGAAGCCCAGUCAGUAUCCUGGGAUGGAUCUGCAGACAAUUCCUGGUGUGGACCUUUGCUGUGGGUUGAACUACUCUAAGGGUGAAGGUGGGGCACUGCAGCACCUCUUUGCCCCAGGGACUGGUACUUCUCCCACUGGGGCACCACACAGACAGAAUUGUUACUUGAGUGGCUUGGAAAAGCUGAUCCCACAGAGGGGCAUGUUCAAGGCUGUUUGUGAUUCCAUUGCCUAGGGCUCUUUUUCUACUUCAUUCAUAACCUUUUUUUUUUUAAAUGGGAGUAAGGUACUUACUGAAAACCAACCUGUUGUCCAUGACAUUACCCUGUUUUGCUCAAGCUGUGUAAUGAAUUUGGAAGGACAUCUCUGAAGGUGACAUACACUCUUUCAAUAAAAUAUUUGAAGUAAACUGUU